AUGAUUCCAUGUAAAACGCCUUUUGUCGACAUUUUGGGAAUCAGAAUAAAGCCAUGCGAAAUAGUGUUUCGUGAUAUUCAAAACGAUUCACAAUAUACAACCCCACUGACAAUUCAAAACGUUUGUUCUUCAAAAAAGACUGUACGCUUUUACCCACCAUUAACUGAAAAAAUCGAAAUAACAGAUGGUCAAACGGAUAUAAUAUUGGCGCCUGGAAUUUGUCAUACUUGUACUGUAUUUUUAAAGGUCUCAGAAGCAAAGGAAUCCACUGAAUCCAUAGUUUUAACCAUCGAUGGGAAUCCGCAUAAAGUCCCUAUUCAAAUAUUUACUCCCAUUCCUGUAUGGGAUAUCCCACGUUCUCUGAAUCUCGGAGUACUGGUUCAGGAAAACAGAGUGAUAACGAAAACGCUUUUCAUUGAAAACAAGGGUUCUAGACAUGGGAAAUUUAGAAUACUUAGCAUAUCUAGUUCAUCUAUUGAUAUAGUACCCCGAUCUGGGAUAGUUGAACCAAAUUCUCAUGUUAAUCUAAAAGUAACAUUUAUCCCUAGGGAUAUUUGUGACUUCGUUGAAGUUGUCAGGAUUCAAGUGGACGGAAGUGAGGUUUUAUCUAUCGAGAUCAUUGGUAAAGUGAUAAAACCGGAAUUUAAAAUGACAAAUCGUCAAACCAGUGAAGGCGAUAAAAGUGGAGCUUUGAUAAACCACUGGAAUUACGGUUACCUUUAUUACAACAGCAAUGUUUAUUGCAAAUGGAAUUUGACAAACUAUUCCCCCAAAAACACAUCAUUUUUUGCUAGCUUUUGCAAUAAAAAUGAUUCUAAGUUGAAAAGCAGCAUUGGCAGAGACAAUGUAUCAAAAAGUGCAAGAAGCAGCUCGCCAGUCCAGAUAAGUGAAUAUUUUAGCAUAAAUCCUGAUCACGGAGAACUGAAACCAUUUGAAAAGCUGCCUGUUUCUAUAUCCCUUGCUCCUAGAUGGAAGAAAUCAAAACAAGGAUUUAUUAGCUUGAAUGAAUCCCCACCAAUUAAACCAUUUUCUGUAUAUCUACGUAUACGUAAAGUAGAUUUGGGAGCUGGAGAUUGCUCUAAUAAAGAGGAAUCUCAGAGCUCUGCACGAUCAUCAUUUACUCUGGAUGAAAAAAAUGAUAACUUAGAGAUCAUUCUAACGGGAUGCUUAAUACCGGUUCAGUUAUUAAUUUCACCUAAUAAUCAACCUCUUGAUCCAGAAAAUCAAGAGGAUACUAAACUGAAUGAGAAAGCCAAUAAUGAAGGGAUUAAAAUUAGACAAAUGUAUGAAAAUCAGUUAAGCAUACACUUUCCUGCCUGUUUAACUGGUUUUAAACGAUGUGCUUAUUUAAAGUUAUCAAACCAAAGUAAACAUCUACCAAUACAUUUUCAAAUACCUCGGAUCGCUCAUUUCACUGUGAAGCCGGACAAAGGAGUAAUUUCUCCACUGAACAGCUGCUCAAUUACUGUAUGCUUCAGUCCAAAACAAUUUGGUGAAUUUCAUACAGUUCAAUAUAUUCAUAUUCUUAGCAAGUCAAAUGAUGAGAAUCCAACUGUUAUUUAUCAGAGCAAGUUAAUUUUUCAUGGAUAUUCACCAACUAUAACAAUACCACAGGAAGUAAAAUUCAAUCCAGGUAUCGUUCCUAAAUGGGCUCAUGAAGUUGGAAGGAACACAGAUCGUGUCACAUUUGGAUCGAAUUAUGAAUGCCCACGGGCGGCAAUUAUCAGUCUCAUGAGUAUGAAAAGUUUGAAAGGCUUACAAUCUCAUGUGUCCAGAUUUGAGACACUAGCUAAAUUAUCAACAAAAAUUGCCUUUCCAAAUGACAGAUACGCCAGUGUUAGACCAACUAACAAGCAAGAUGAAUUCAAAACUUUGUUUUGCCGUUUGGCAAGGUAUACAUACACAGAUCCAUAUUAUGAAUGGAACGAAGAAGAAAUGCAUAACAUAUCGAAAAGACAGUUAACUUAUUCUGAAGUUUAUCGAGAUCAUGCUCAACUGAUAAAACGCAUUCAAGAAGAUCGAAAAUUGAUGAGAUGGAAUGAACCACCUAAUGAUGGUGUUGUUUUAAUGGAGUUAGAUAAAUUAUCACCAAGACUGGGAAUAGAAGACUUUGAAGAAUUUAAACAAGCGAUUUAUAAAGGAGGCAAACUGCAGCCAAUAAAUGACGAGAAAAUUACCGAAAGCACAACAAAGAACACCAAGAAAAAGAAGAGGGCAGUAAAAGCGUUACCUCUUAAACCGGUCGCGAAAAGCACAGCAAAUGAAGAGUGCAACUGGAUGUUAACAGUUAAGGAUAUUGAUGAGAUAUCUAUACAUCCAACAAAAGUCGACUUUGAACAUAUUUGUCCGAAUACAGAAUCAACGAAAUUUAUCACAAUUACUAAUCCAUUGAAUCAGUGUAUUUCAUUUAGACUAGACACUAAUCAAGUUGAAUUCAAACCAAACACUAUAAGAUAUUACGUUAUACAGCCAAGAUCAAAACUGGAUUUUUCAAUGGUAAAAAACAAAUUUUGUUUUCAUCAUAUAAGCAACUUGAAUUUUUCAUUGAAUGAUCAGUAUAAAAGUAAUUUAGUUGUAUGCGCAACAGUUGUACCGGUUGAAUUAACUCUAGCUCCAUCUUCAGUUGAAUUAACAUCAGCUAAUUCAUCGUGCGGUCUUAUAGGAAUAAGUGGAAUGCGUGGAUAUGUUACCCUAUUCAAUCCAUUGCAUGCUCCAGCGAAAUUCCACUGGCUGUCAGCCGGUACUCAAAAUCCAUUUACAAUACGUCCGAAAUUAGGCAUAGUGGAACCAUUUUCUUCCUUGAAUUGUGAAAUAGUUUUCUAUCCAUGCCAGAGAAAUACUUCAAUGGAAGGUAGAUUUCAAUUAAAAAUGCCAGGAGUUGAUGAGAAAGAAAUGGGCACACCUUCUACUACAACCGAAGGACAAAAUUCAAUUCUUUUCACCAUUAACAAAGACUUUAAAAACAUAGUCAACCUUAACGGUGGUAUGUCAUUAUAUAUGCACAGGUUGUCAGGAGCUCUACCUGCCAAAGUUGAAAUGCAAGUUAGUCCAACAGAAGGCGAAAUUCCCAUUGGUGGUGAAAUUACUUUAAAGGUCACGUGUUUACCACUUGGUUUAGGCAAAUUCGAAUCCACCAUGAUACUUAGUACAUACGAUGGUCAAAAUAUUGAUUUGUCUCUGUGUGGUACAGUUCUCAAGCCACAGAUUGAACUUCUUUCAAACACAUUUGAGUUCGGUGGUGUGAGAGUAGGAUCAGUUAAAUCGCUCCCAUUUGGUAUAAUUAAUAAUGGUAUCACUCGUGCACUAAUUGAGAUCAGUUUAGACAAAUACAAUGAAUUUCAAAUAUUAGACAAUAACAAAUCUCUUACAACAGAUGAAUGUAUGGAUGAACAAAUUAACAUGAACGAAAGGGUAGCUUCUACAAAGAGUCAAUUAAGUAGUUCAUCUCUAUUUAAUAAAUCAGAAAAGCAGCCUGUAGUUGAUACUACAAAUCUGAACUCUCAAAAUUAUUCGGAGUACGAUAAAACGUCUGAGGUAUAUCGGAUUUUUAUAUCACCUAAAGCUAAAUGGAUUGGGAGUAUAAUUUAUAAGCCAAAAGUUGUAUCACUUCAUGACUUUACACUUCCGCUUAUUAUUAAUAAACUCAGUCCAAAACUAUUAAGUCAGCAAUUCGAAGAAGUAAAUAAUUCUAAUGAAGAACAACUCGUUAACGAAGAUGAAUCAAAUUCAAAGCUAACUUCUAAAGAAUUGGAACCAAGAGUUUUAGCUACAGGGUUAAGACGGCCGAUAACAACUGAACCUAAGAAUGGAGCACUGAAGUUUACCGGCACUCUGGGUGAUACACCCUCAGAAUCUGGAAAUGUUUUAUACCAACAUUUAAGUAUCAAAUCAAUUAUUAAUGUGCCAAUGAAGUGGCAUUUAGCUGUCUAUGAAAUUCAGCGUUUCAAUAAACGUUAUGGUUAUGGCAAACUAACAAUACGCGAUAUCAAUGGUACAGAGUUACUGCCUGAUUUAGAUGGGUAUAUCAAUGGUGAUUUCAUGGGUUGUAAUGAUAAAAAUGUGCAACUUGAAAUUCAACUUUGUCCAAUUCAAGCAGGAUGUUUCAAAUUGAAUUUGCCACUUUGGCUAACAUUUCUCGAAAGUUUUGAAUGUGAACGAAGUCCCAAAUCUAAUCAUACACAUUAUCAAACACUUCAAAUUAUUAUUGAGUUGAAAAAAAUGGAAAUUAAAUUUGAACCAGAAAGAAUAUUACUGCCACCAGUUCCUACUGGAGUAAAUGUAAGAGUGCCAGUCUCACUGACUUCAUAUCAGUUAAACAAACCUACUAAAAUAACAGGAUUUUGGAAUUUUUUACCAGCAUGUGAAGUUCAGUCACCGAUUUGUGAAGCAAACAUCCAGUGUCCGUUUACCGUCGAAUAUCCUGAAGGACAAAUUAUCAAACCAGAUAAUGCUUUGUCUACCUGUAAUACUGGAAGUUUAAAUUUACUGCUAAUUUUCAAUUCUAAGAUAAAUGGACUUGUUUUAGCACCAAAUCCUAGACCAUUGUGUUUAGUUAUUAUCGCCAGUAACGUUAACACUGAUGUAGACGGAACAUCCUAUUCCUCAAAAAGAAAUGCCUACUCAUCGUAUAUUUGCUCAGCUGCUUUACCUGUCAGUGCUGCUGCAGACAAUUCACUUAUCAGUUGGUUUGAUUAUGUAACGCGUCGACCAAAUGAAUUCCGACUUAAUUAUCCUCAGAAUUCUGCAGUAAUUGUUAGCAAGCUGAAAAAGAUUAAAUACAGUCAGAAUUUCAAUAUUUUAGCACUAUACCACUUAUUUAAUGAGUUAAAACUUACACAGAAAGAAUAUCUAGAUACAGAGGAUACAUUUUCAGAUCAAAGUUCCAAUGUAGACAAUAAUAUGCAACAGAAAUUUGAUCAAAAAUCUAUGUGUGGUUUAGGUUAUUCAAACCUCAACUGUAAAACGUAUAAUAUCUCAAACAGCCCCCUUUUGCUUGAAACUCAUUUAGACAACUUAAAUGACACUGAUCACAGAAGACCAUCACCCUCUACUAUGGGUACAACAAUGACAAAUAUAUAUGGAUCAAGUACAUUUUUACCGGAUUGGCAGUUGAUUGAUCAUGCUGCAACAGAAUACUUACAGCGUUGGUUAAGUGUGCAUGGAUUUCCAAAUGGACGCCAUUCAUUAAAAUUUCCAGAAGAUUUUAGAAAUUGUAUAUCACUGUCAGCUACAGUCGCUGAUCUAUCAGUUAUGGGUGAGAAACAAAAGUCUUACAUUAAAUCACAGUCAAACCUAAUGAUAAGUGAAUCAAGUCGAAGUUCAAAACUCAAAAAAAACAACAAUAACAAUAGCCAUGGAAAUGAUAAAACUUCGAAUGAAUUCGUUUCACGUAGUCUCAAUCCACUGUACAACUGUUUACAGCAUCUUUGUGGUGAUAAACAACCCCCUGGUUUAUUGCCUUCAAUUAAUUUAUCAAUAAAUAAUCCUUAUGAGGCACUGUCAACUGUUUAUUUCUAUUGUUCUGCUUUAUUAACAUUUGCACGAAGUCAAGGUAGUUGUUUACCACAUGUUUUACCGGAACAUUUAAUGGACCCGAAUGAUUAUCACCUAUGGCAUAAAUAUGGUUGUCCAGGUCUAACAGAAUCUGCACGCAUAUUACAUGUUUCAUUCAGUCAGAAUUUCGGAACUACACCAACAACGUAUUCUGAAUCAAAUCAAACAGCUGAGACUGUUAACAAGCAAAAUGACCAUCAUGGAGAUUCUCUAAAGAUUAAUUUGUGCCCACUGAAAGAAUCAAAUGUAGAACAGUUUUUAAUUAUAUCCGAAAGAGCAUGGACAGAUUUAAUGCUACAGAUAAUUAAGUGUCUCCUGUUUAAUCGAAUCGAUAUCAAUUCACUAGAUUCAGCUUACCUACCGCCUAAAGAACUAUUAAAAAAUAAAUCGAAUGAAGCGUCUCCAUCUGCUAUAUCGUCCUCCACAUCACCACUGUCUUAUUCACAACCAAAUGAAUCAAACUAUGAGACUAAACAAAUCUUGGAACAUGCAGUAGACUCACUAGAGAAAACCGAUCGUAAACAAAUUUCUAAGUUAAUAAAUUCAACUGAUCUACAAAUCGAUAGUUGUUAUUCUUCAUGUGAGCGUAUUUUGUUGACAUGGUUAAACUACUGUUAUCAUCAGUAUGCAUGUCAAAUAUGGCCGGAUAAUAAAUCAAUAUUUAUGGAUCGUCUCAUUGUUACUAACUUUGAUAAUGAUUUACGUGAUGGUAUUGUAUUAGCCUCUACGAUUGGGGCAUACAUUCCUAGCCUUAUUCCAAAUUUCUUGUCUAAAAUAUAUACUCAACCAACAUCAAAUGAAAAGUGCUUUCACAAUGCAAUCAUUUUAGUUCAGGCAUUGAGAACAAUUCGUUUUGAAUACGAUUUAUAUCCAUCCGACAUAACAAGUCCACAUCCUUGUGCAAUGUCACUACUAUGCUUACACCUAUUCUGUCAACUGCCUGACUAUUUACCGAAACAAACAAUACAACUUACAGGUCUUUUAAAUUCUUCUGCCAAACGUCAGUUAGUAAUCACAAAUACCAGCUCACAUUUCUUGACUUACAGUUGUAUCAUAAUUGGUCCAAAUGCAACUGAUUUUAAUUGUACAUCUAGUGGAAAUUUAAACAAGUCAACAAAACGUGAAAACAAUAAAGUAAAAAAGUGUCCAAAUUCAAUAAAUGACAAUAUUACAAAUAAUAAUAGUAAUAAUGGUCAAGUGUAUAAUAAUAUGAAAGAGAUGAAAAUUACUGUACCAUCAAAGGGAAAAGUACAAUUAUCGCUUGAAUACAAAUCUCGGUUCCUUAAAGCAACAGAGGCGAUAUUUUUAGCCGUCUCUCAACGCCAGAAUGGAUGUCACGGCAAAAACUUGUCGUUUAUUCUAUCAGGAACUGUAGGUGGACUAGAAGCGUUGCAGGCUAAAGUUGUCAGAUCACCAUGUUAUCAAAUGACAGAAUUUAAAUUACCUGUUAUAAAUCCAUACAAAACAGGUGGUAUCUUUCAAAUCACAGUAAUUGAAAGUCAUACUGAUCUAUUUAAUGCAAUAUGUCAAGUUCGUGGUUUAAAUACAAACAAAAACGAGUCGAAUUCAAGAAAUAUUCUAACCAGUGAAUCGUAUACUGUAACUGAAAGAAGUUCAUUUGACGAAUCAUCGGAUAACAGUCAGUUACCUCCAGAGAUUAUGAAAGAAUACUAUCAAAGGACACAAUAUCAAUCGUUUCACUGCCGUGAAUUCAGUAUCGAACUACACGGAAAUGCUAAUAACAGCAGUACAAAUCUACAUACCACUAAAAUCUCCAAUGAUGUAGACAGUAAACAGCAACAACUGCAAAUAUUCGAAAGUUGUAGACAAGGUAUAGAUGAAUUAUCCAUCGUCUAUUUGCCUCUAGGAUGGGGCACACGAGAAUGUUGUUUACUAUUGUCGAAUGAAAUGAUUGGUGAAUUUGUUGUACUUUUAAAAGGAAUUGCUCAAUUACCACAACCAAGUGUUCUACCAUUUUCUGAUUCAUUUGAUGGAGCGAAUAAUCAGAAAUCUUUAAAGGAAAAUGAAAGAGGAUAUCGUAUUAAGUCUGCAGUUGCAGCAGCGUCUUUCGGACGUUCGGGUGAUCCAAAUGUUAUUUAUCUAAGGUGUCCAAUAGGAUGUGAAAUAAAAGAAACCUUAUGGUUACCAGUAAAGAAUGAAUCACGUCGAAUGGCACUGUUAAAUGCUAUACGUAUUCGACUUUCACCAGCUGAAGUUAAACGGCGUGAGUUAGCUAAUACACUUGAAUCAGAUGAACUAUUGGAAUUGGCUAACAAAGAGUUAACACUACUUAAUUAUGAAGAAAAUUCAUUUGGUAAAAAUUCAAAAUCUCAGAAAAGAUUACAUGUUUCUCGUCACCUGAUGUAUAGUGUUGAAGUCGACUCAAGUAUGAUACGUGUUCCAUCAAAAAUACAAGUACCAACACAAUUAGAUUCAGACUCCGAUUCAACGUUUCCCCUUACGCUGCAAAUAAAGGCGGAUAAACCCGGAUUAACUUCAGCCAAACUGGUUUUACAAGGUCCAGAUGAUAUACGCCUUUAUCGUAUUGAAUGUGUAGCCUUACCUGACAAUGAAAAAAUUGUCUUAACAUUCACUUCUCCAUUAAAUCAUCCAAUCACUCAACCAUUGCCCAUUGUGAAUAGAACAGCCUACGAUUGGGAAUUGGUCGCAAAGUUUACAGGCUAUCCAGUGUGGUUCACUGGGCCGUCUACUGUUAGUAUACCAUCAAACACAACUAUUCAAUAUUCUAUAACAUAUCUGCCAAGGAGGGAAGCAGAAAGUCAUACUAAACUUGUCCUCCAGAACAUAAGUGAUGGUAGUCAGCUAGAAUAUCAUCUAAAUGGUAAUGUUUUAAAACCAAUGUCACUGGGUAAAAUAAAUCUCGAGUUUACCAUAAAUCCCUGUGAUAUAAGCGAUGGUAUUUGCAAAAUUACAAAACAAACUCAUUUACAAACAUUCACAGUUAAAGUGCCAAAUUCAACUUCAGUGAAACAAAGUUUUCAAUUGCAAACAAAUCUACCCAAAGGUCUUAUUGAAUGGAUACCAAAUAAUCAGAAGUCUAAAAUCAAUCGUAUUGAAGUUAUGUCGGGUCGUACUGAUGAUUGCAAAUUUCAGGUUUCUGCAUCAAAACGUGGAUGUUAUCAGGGUGUUCUAGUUUUUUUGGCAGAUAAUCAGACUAAUAAUCAAGACAGCGAUGAUGAUAAUGAAAACAAUGAUGAACAUAUGUCAACAAACAGAACAUCAAUGAAUCAUUUCAAUGAAACAUCACAUAAGCUAAAUGAAACUGAAGAAACUGGUAAUCAAGUCUAUCGUAUCUGGUAUGAAAUAGAAAUUAAUAUUAAACCAGGUCCGCCUAUAAAACAAGUUGAAAUUGUUUGCCCAUGCUUAAGUUGUAAAACCAUAGAAUUACCAUUUACAAUACAAUCUGACUGGUUCACAGAUGGUCGAGUUGUUGAGUUCGACGUAGUUCUUGAUGAUAAGUGUUUAAGUGGUUCAAAAACACAUUCUUUACAACCUGAGAAUAAUUCUUCAGUGAUUUCAUCAGUUUAUAUGCUGGAAUAUACCCCAUCAAUUGUUGGAGUCAGUAGUGCAGCAGUCAUUUUUCAUAAUAAUGAUUGUGGUGAAUUUUGGAUUGAACUCCUACUGAAAGCAGUAAAACCAGAAAUUGUCAAUGUACCAAUUAUAGAAGCUGAAUUAGGAAGCUCCAAAAUAACUAAAAUAGUUUUAAAUAAUCCAACUGAUGAAAUGUACAUCUUAAAACCGAAAAUCACUAAUACAGAUGUUUUCAAACUCCAGUUAGCUACAUCAGCAAAACAAUUAGCGAAUAUAACAUCACCAUAUCUAUUAGAAACUGAUAAUAAAAAUGAAUCACGUAUACAAAUGUCAACAAUAUGCCAAUAUCCAAAUGAUGACUUAUUACACUUUAGUGAAGAUUUAAACUAUUCAUCACAAUUGUCAUUGACUAAUAGAAGUAUUUCAAGUGCAGUGAAUGGAACAAUUAAAUUGAAGCCAAAGAGUAUGUUGUCUCUAGGAUUGAAAUUUACACCAUGUGAUAUUGGCGAAACGGAACAUCAAGGUUCAAUAGUAUUUUACUCAGAGAAGUUAACAGAAUGGUGUUUCACGUUAUGCGGCAAGGGACUGAUGCCCGAACCAAGAGAUCCAAUCAAUGUAUCAGUUCUGAUCGGUUCAGCGACAACACUAGUAGUACCAAUUACAAAUCCAUUCAAAUAUGACGUUUUGUUAGACAUACACUUAAGUGAAUCUACUCUCUGUGGUUUAUUCAAACAGUUAGAGGAUACACAUAAUGCUAUCCUUAAAAAGAAAUUCAACAAUGUCCCACCUAAUAGUAAUGAUGAUGAUAGUAAGGAUAAUAUCAAGGAAAAUUUAGUCGAAGCAAAUGAAUGUAACUGCGAUGAUGAUCAUGAUCAUGAUAAAUCCUUUAUCAAGGCUGCUUCUAAACCGAUCAACGGAAAUGUCUAUUCAGCUUUCCAACUUUUAGUGAAACAAAAAAAAAAUAUACUUUUAACAAGCAAAAAAGUAUUUGAAAUACCGAUAUCAUUUGCUCCACUUGAAAUGCGAGAACAUGAAGCCCUAUGUACAGUCAGAAUGUAUAAAGCAAACUCUGCUGCACAUGAUUUAAAUAAAACUGCCACUUCGAUUUCGCCUAUCCGAUGGUUAGUUCCAAUAAAAGGUAUUCCUGAAAUGAAAUCACUUACUUAUCCAUCAAGAGAUACGCAUGAAUUCAUUUCACCAUAUAGUUAUAAUUACAAGAACUCGCUGAUAAAACCACUUGUUAUCAGUGGAACUGUACGCUCAAAGUCAUAUUUUAUAAUCACUUUAAGAUUAUUGAAUUCACUAGCACAAAUGUUGGAUCCAAGUUUAUCAUUUCGUGAUCAACUGAAAGAUAUUGAAGUUUAUUCGGUUACUUCACAAGAAGAAAUAGUUAAGCUGAAUGAACAAAUGUUUAGUCAAACCACACCGACAAUGAUAACUGAUCCACUAUCCAAUCAUCAUUCAACAACUUUAUGGGAUCAAAUUCAAGUGGGUAGUUUAGAAUGGACAAUGAAGCCGAUUGUAAAGAAAGUAGAUGAAUAUUUAGCUCAAUUAGUUGAGCUAGACAAAGCUUUAAUGAGAUCAUUAAAUAUAAAAUUAAUUGGUGUCAAAAAACAUGAUGAUUCAGAAAUAACUGAAAUUAAUCUUGGCAUGAUAUUCUCUCCAGCAAUCUCAUUCAAAUGCAGUGCAGAUUUAAUGGUACGAUCGUGUCUUGGUGCAAUAUGGAGAUUCGGAUUGCUAUUUAGGUCAAAUGAUCCACCAGUAGAUGACGUAAUUUAUUUUCCACACAAUGGAAUCGGGCGUUCAGUUAAAGUUCAGUUGGCGUUAAGUAGCCAAACCAAUGAGCCAAUGAAAUUCAUCGCACGUUUAUAUCCAGAAAAUCAAACCGAAUAUACAGUGGAGCCAAUGCAGGGAGAAUUACCGCCAACAAAAAGUAUUAAGAACACGAGCGCUGGAAUCGACUCAACAUUGACGAUUACCUUCAAACCCAAUUCCUACGGGAAACCAAUAAAAGCUAGGCUACUCAUACAGGUGAGACAAUAA